GAGCAACGCCGGCUGAUCCCGCGCUCUAAUUGGCUGGUGAGACUUUGACUGACACGCAUGUCCCUCCCCCCCUCCGGCUGCCUACGGAAAGUGUAUGUAUGAAUGUGUAUGUGUGUGUAAGGGAGCCGGCAGACUGAAGCGAGCCACAGAGGCAGCCUCCAACUCCAACCCAAUGAGCUCGCAGCCCUCACACUCACACACACUCUCCUUACACACACACACACGCACACACACUCUCUUCAGCGCCGGCUCUCGCGCUCGAUUCAACCCUGGGACUCAGAAGAAGAAGGAGGAGAGGAAGCGGAGAGAGAGAGAGAGGCAGCGAGCGGCAGAGAGGGAGAGUGAGGGUGUAAGAGAGGAGAGAGGGGGAGAGAGGCAGAGGGAGACUGGCAGGGUGUGAGGGAGAACACCAUGGCUUCAGAUCCGGGGCUGGCUGCGAUGCUGCUGUGGACUAUAUCACUACAAGCUGUUGGCACCGCAGGAAGUAACAGCAAUGAAGUGAGUCUCCUGGACACGACCACGUACACGGGAGACUGGGGCUGGCUAACGUAUCCAUCACAUGGGUGGGAUGCCAUUAAUGAGAUGGAUGAGUACUUCAGUCCUAUCCACACAUACCAGGUUUGUAAUGUGAUGAGCCCCAGCCAGAACAACUGGCUGAGGACGGUCUGGAUCCCUCGAGAGGGAGCGAGGAGGAUCUACAUCGAGGUCAAGUUCACCCUGAGGGACUGCAACAGUAUGCCUGGAGUGCUGGGCACCUGCAAGGAAACCUUCAACAUGUACUACUACGAGUCUGACAGAGCGGUGGGCUCAUCCAUACGGGAGAACCAGUUCAUUAAGAUUGACACCAUCGCUGCUGAUGAGAGCUUCACCGGGGUGGACCUGGGAGUCCGACGGCUUAAACUGAACACCGAGGUGCGAGGUGUCGGCCCUCUGAGCAGGCGAGGCUUCUACCUGGCCUUCCAGGACAUCGGAGCCUGCAUCGCCCUCACCUCUGUGCGGGUGUACUACAAACGCUGUGUGGGUGUGAGCCGAAACCUGGCUGUGUUCACUGAUGUGGUGACAGGAGCAGACUCGUCCUCUCUGGUGGAGGUGAGGGGACAGUGUGUGGAUCACGCAGAGGAGAGGGACACACCGAAGAUGUACUGCAGCGCUGAGGGGGAGUGGCUGGUGCCCAUCGGGAGGUGUGUUUGUUCUGCAGGAUUUGAGGAACACAGGGACUCUUGCGUGGCAUGUGAGGUGGGCUUCUAUAAACCGGUGGCGGGAGACGGCCUGUGUGGUAAAUGUCCUCAACACAGCCACUCAGAGACCAGAGCUGCCCUCUCCUGCCCCUGCGACUCCAACUACUAUCGAGCAGCGGAUGACCCAGCAGCAGCUCCUUGCUCCCGCCCUCCAUCUGCUCCAGUCAGCGUCAUCUCCUCAGUCAAUGGGACGUCUGUAAAUCUAGAGUGGGAUCGCCCUCUGGAUACCGGCGGUCGCAGCGACCUGCAGUACGGCGUGUUGUGUCAGAAAUGCUCAGGGGAAGGAGGGCUCUGCGAGGACUGCUCAUCCUACCCCGGAGGCUCCGGUGGGGGGAAAACUGGAGCGAGUAUAGGGGUCGGGGGAGGAGGAGGAGGAGGAGGUGGAGGAGGAUUGGUGGAGCGUACAGGAACUGCAGCUGUUCGAUUCGUUCCCCGGCAGACAGGCCUGACAGAGCCGUGGGUGACGGUGCUCAAUCUGGUGGCUCACACCAACUACUCCUUCCGUAUCCUGGCCAUGAACGCGGUGACACACCUGAGCAAUGAGCCGUCGCUUUACGCCGUGGCCAACAUCACAACAAACCAGGCAGCUCCCUCGGAGGUCAUGGCGAUCCGUCAGGAGAACACCAGUCAAGACAGUGUGAUUCUGAUGUGGCAUGAACCCCACCAGCCAAACGGAGUGAUUCUGGAGUACGACAUCAAGUACUAUGAGAAGCUGUCUCCUUUACAGGACAAUGAAGAGCAAAGUUACUCCACUCUGAAGUCUAAAAAUACCAGUGCCCGUGUGUCAGGGCUGAAGCCGGGCACUAAGUACAUCUUCCAGGUCCGAGCCAGAACAUCAGCUGGCUGUGGACGCUUCAGCCAGAACGUGGAGAUCCAGACUGGGAAAGCAGCUCCUCUGCGCUACAACACCAUGUCCAUAAUCUGGAUCUGCAUGGCCCUGGUAUCCUGCCUGGUCACCUUUCUGGCCAUCAUAAUCUGCAGGAAACGGCAAGGCUACACUUUACCACACUACCCAUCGCUGCUACACUGUGGCUACAGCAAAGCUUUCCAGGACUCUGACGAGGAGAAGAUGCAUUACCAGAACGGUCACGUGUCAUUCCCCGACACGAGGUUCUAUAUCGACCCGCACACAUACGAGGACCCCUGCCAGGCGGUGCACGAGUUUGCCCGAGAAAUUGAAGCUUCCAGGAUCAAAAUAGAGAAAAUCAUUGGUUCAGGGGAGUUUGGGGAAGUUUGUUACGGUCGUAUGAGACUUCCGGGGAAGCGAGACAUCCCAGUGGCCCUGAAGACCCUGAAGGCAGGAUACACGGAGAAACAGAAGAGGGACUUCCUGGCUGAGGCGUCAAUCAUGGCACAGUUUGACCACCCCAACGUCAUCCGCCUGGAGGGAGUGGUGACCCAGAGUAAACCAGUGAUGAUCAUCACGGAGUACAUGGAGAACGGCUCUCUGGACUCCUUCCUCAGGAGACACGAUGGCCAGUUCACCAUCAUCCAGCUGGUGGGCUUGCUGCGUGGCAUUGCAGCUGGUAUGACCUACCUGUCUGACCUGGGCUACAUCCACAGAGACCUGGCUGCCCGGAACAUCCUGGUCAACAGCAACCUGGUGUGUAAGGUGUCUGACUUCGGCCUGUCCCGGGUACUGGAGGAUGACCCCGACGCCGCAUACACCACCAGUGUGAGUUUUCACAUUGAGGGCGGGAAAAUUCCAAUCCGCUGGACGGCCCCGGAAGCGAUCACCUACAGAAAGUUCUCGUCCUCCAGCGAUGUGUGGAGCUACGGCGUGGUCAUGUGGGAGGUGAUGUCCUACGGGGAGCGGCCAUACUGGAACCUCACAAACAGAGAUGUGAUCAAAUCGGUGGAGGAGGGCUACAGGCUGCCUGCUCCUAUGGGCUGCCCUGGUGCUCUACACACACUCAUGCUGGACUGCUGGCAGAAGGAUCGUAACGAGAGGCCGCGCUUCUGCCAGAUAGUCACUGUUCUUGACAAGCUAAUCCGCAACCCAGAGAACCUGAAGUCUAUGGACACACUCUGCAGUCUAAGCAGUCCCCCACUGAUGGAGAGAGCUAUCCCAGACUUCAGUAGCUGUAACUCAGUAAACGAGUGGCUGGACACCAUAAAGAUGAGCCGUUAUAAGGACCACUUUGCAGCAGGGGGGUACCACACUCUGGGACAUGUCAUAAGCAUGAACCAAGGGGACAUCCAGAGGCUCGGGGUGACGCUGAUGGGCCACCAGAAGAAGAUCAUGACCAGCGUUCAGCUGAUGAGGGCGCAGGUACUCAACAAGAGCGUGCCAUCGGUGCACGUAUAACUCCACAUCUGAGGUUUCUUUCUGCUGAAAUCUAAAACCAAGGCUUCUGUAAGGUCUAGAGGGACUCUGUGGGAUUUUAAGAUGAUCUGUUUAACAGGAAAAGUGAAUAUAUGGGAACUUUACAAGACGUUUUUUCCUCAAGAAAUUGGAGAGCAAAACUUGAAAGGUACAAUAAACUUUGGAGAAGGCAAACACGACUUCAAUGGGACAAGUCCAACCUUUCAAUUCUUUUCCUAUCUGGUUACAUUUUCUGAGUUCAAUUGUCUCGUUUGUACAUGGAAAGACUGCCUUAAUUACCACAAAUUAUUUUCAUUUUAUUGCCUACAAAGAGAAGAUAAUUUAUCAAUCAUGAAUUUAUCAGAGAAAUAUGAUUUAGUGAACGAGCAAUAUCAAGUGUGAUGUGGUGGCUGGGGAUGGGGGGUUGUUUUCAAAUGUUCUGAAGACACACGCUGCCUUUCCUGCAGCAAACGCUCGAGGACAGCGAUGCCCACACCGAGGCUCGAGUCUGUGUCUCAAAGUGGAGAAAAGUGAGAUAGGGCUCACCUGAGUUGCCAGAUCAUCUCCACAGUGGAGAAGACCUAUUUCACCCAAGGCUAUUAAUACCAAUAACAGGCACAUUUCUCCGCAGCGCCCAACCUUGAUGAAUUUUCCUGUAGGAGAGCCGUGGAGCCCUCUGCCCAGUUUGAAGCCGCGCGGCGCACAACUACUGUACUUUGGAAGAUGUGUAUGAUUCAGUUACAGUGCACUUUAUUCUACAAUCUCUCUGUGUUUGAGAGGCUUUCCUGUUGUGUCACAAAUCUCCUCUCAGCCACAACUGGAGCCACAAUGUCGGUCCGUUAGAGAAUUAGUUUUAAACAUUAUUAACAGUAUAAAAACUAAAAUGAGUCAGAGAUAUCUAAUAUUUAUUAGUAGCUUGCUCAUGAGAUUUCUUUCCAAUAUUUCUGUUCUGCAGUGACAAUAAACUGAAAACAAAAAUAUAUUUAAAUUAUACAAAUACAUUUGAAAGGGAAUACAAAAUAUGAUUUAAGAUAUUUUAAUAGAUCCUGCAUCUGGUGCAUUUCUAAUAUAUUUGGACAUUCAUGUUUUAACAUUUAUUUCAUAUGCAAUGCUUCUUUUAAUGCAAUUAACAUCUUUUUGAAAUAUAGAAAAUAUAUUUGAUUUAUUCAGUACACUUCUAGCAAAGCAAACCUAAAUGAGUGUAAGGUUUAAAGUUGACUUUAAGAAUGAUCUAAAGUGAUUAGUGCAUUGGUUCCCAGCAUGGGGUCUGGGCCCCCCUAGGGGAGCACCAGAGAUCUCAGAGGGGGCGCGAAGCUCUGUUAAAAUUAGAUUUGCACAUAUUAAUUAAAAUUAUGAUUUAAAAAAAAAAAAAAAAACAUGCUAGGAAGUUUAUGCAAAGGUCUUUCGGUAGAAGAUGUGUGUUGCCUAUUCUGAAUAAAUCAGUGAAAAGAAUUAAAGUGUAGGUUAGUUUUUGACAGCAUAGUAUCGCUAGCCCUUCAUAGGGGGGCUCUAAGGUAAAAGGCUGGGAACCACAGGAUUAGCGUAUCACUUAGUAUACCUGACUGCUUAUCAUCAUGGGACUCAAGUUACAUGCAAACUGUUACAGUUACAUCACAAUCUGAGGAAACUUAGCAAUGGUAAAGAAAAAAAGCUUGAACAUCAGUAAACACUGAGCUUUAAUUAUUCCGUCAAAUGAAUUCAAAUUCACCUGAAACUACCAGAAAUAGAAUAAACGCACAAAGAAGGAAAACAACAUUGUUCCUUGAUACAUUACAACAUACCCCAAAAUGUGCUAGCCUACAGUUUUUUCCUGAAUUACUUUCACUUUCCGAAUAACGUAUUAAUUUUGUAUUUUGAGGCAUUCUUGAAGUGCAUUUGAAAUCUCCAAACCAUCGAGAAUGUAAAUAUUUCAUUACCUAAAUUAAUAUAAGUUUAUCUUUUUUUCUUUGUUAGCAUGGUAGCUAACACAAGUUCAUCAAGCAAAGCAGCUGCUAUUAACAGCCAAGUAUAUGCUAACUCGCUAACUAACUACAUGAUGUAGAGUGUAAGCUAAAUGUAGCAUACAGCAGGUUCAUUAGCUGAGCAGAAGGUUUGUUGGCUAACGGCUGUUAAAAUAUCUCAAUCUCAAACCAGUCGAUACGUUUUUGGACAGAACAUCAAUGACCUGAAGUUCUGUUUCAUUGCUAAACAAUGCCUGUUAGAAAUGAUUAUCUGAAGCGUACGACAUGGCUGCAACCGACCCACUUAGCAACAACUGUUAGCUGAAACUAAUACUUGUUGUGACAAAAUCAUGCCCAGAAAAACUUGUUAAAAUUUAACAGAUCAUGAUUUCUUUUUAUAAUGUAGCCCAUGACUUAACCUGUUAUCCAAAAUGUUAUACUUCCUCAAAGUUCCAUUAGAUGUUAAUCCUAAGAAAUCCUGAAUUAUUAAAUAUAACUAUAAUGUGCUUUUUAAGUUUCAACCAAAAUGAGACGUUCAUUAGGGUUGCUCGUCCACUAUCCCCGAGCUGCCCUUUCCACCAGCUCUUCUAAUUGGCCUAAUGUAAUGCUGGGAAGGUGUGUUACACCUGAAAGCCUUCCUACUCUUGGCAUUUAUGAACAAACCGGUGCAGAAGCUUGUUUAGUGCGGUGGAUGUUAUGGGAACGACAUCAGCGCUUAUUCCAUUCAUGUGCAAUAUUUCUAAACAUCCCCGGGGAGCCUCCUGGGAAUACAAAGUACAAAUAAGCUACGCAGACUGUAAAAUAAAGUGUUACUUCUGAUUAAAUGUGAUGGCACCGUUUGCCUCAGUUUUGGUGAAAAGUGAAGAAGAACAUGUAAGUAGAAUGUUUAUAUCUAAACGCUCUGAAAAGUACGUAACCAGCCCUGAUUUCUCCCCCCUCUGUGCCAUCAAGAGAAUGUCUUUUCUUGUGCACCUCGGUAGGUUUUCCUCUAGAUGAUUGAUGUCAGUUUUUAUUAGAGAAGAACCUCAUGAUAUCUCUUGAAUAUGUAUCAUAGUGGCAUUUCACUGCUGGUUUCAAAGAUUUCUUUGUUUUCUUUAGGAUGCUUUUAAAGACACUGGACUUGAACUGAAAACCCAUAUUUUAUAAAGUUAGCAUAUGUUUUUGCUAGAUGAAUUGAUUUAUAAUGUAUACGGCAAGUUCAGUCACUGGAAGGAAGAAAAAAAAAACAACCGGAUUUAUUCACAUGUCAUUAUUUAUUCAUUCUUGUUUGUUUUCCAAAUAAUACAACUCUGAGAGGUUUUAUUACAGUUGAUGAAUCAUCCUUGUUGCUAAUGAUAAAUGUGCAAACUGUCCAUAAUUACACAAUAAAGGAACGUUUGUCUGUGUGUGACUGCAA